AUCUACCAACUGUCAACUAACAAUGAAACUUCAGAGAGUGUAAACAAUCCAAAAAUUCUAAAUUCGCCAUGUGCGUAUCGCUGAUGCUGUUUCUCGUUAUCAUAAGCGUCAUGGGAGAGGAAAUAGACCUCAGUAGCUACAGUUAUUGGUGCAAUUUGCCGGGGUACUCUGUGGUCGUGGCUAAGUUUGGUGCCGAGCAACACUUGCUAUGUCUGAAAAUGGUACCAAUAGUGUCAUCCCAGCUCACCAAAGUCUCGCGUGUCUACUUAGACCCAGACUUAGACGAAAGAGUGAUCAAAGCGUUCGUACCUGGCGAUGUGGCCUUGGCUUCAGGGUUCCCAUUGGUGGCGCCAUCUACCGGCUCCGCUGAGGGAUAUAUCGGACAGGAUGGCCAUUUUUACGGGGUCUUGCAUCUGGGUAACCGCACCCUGUACGCAGACCCUUACAACCAGGACGAUCCUCGCAAGCCUUUCGGCCCGUUCGAAGACGGCAGCUUCGUCAGUCAAGCACGUCCGCGCCGCGAAUUUGCACAGAAUGUCCGCUUCGACGCGAAAUCAAUGCUGGAGACAGAGGAUCCCCCGCCAGGCACGGCGCGGGCUCGAAUCUGCGACCUGCUGCUCCUGGCCGACAAGGAGUUCUUCGACAAGGACGCCCAUGGCAGCCUGAACCACGCCGUGAGCCGCAUGGUGCAUGCGGUGGCCCAAGCAGACAUCAUCAUAAGAAACGCGGACUUCGAUGAGGACGGUAUGCCGGAUAACAUUGGUUUCUCAGUGAAGUACAUCCUAGUCUUGGCAUCAGAAGAGACGAACGCGCGAGUGUUCGGUGACGCUGCGAAGCAUUCGAUAGACGGCCGAAGCUACCUCAAGCGGUUCUCGCGUCUGCGCCGAUUGAACGAGGUCUGUCUCGGCAUCGCGUUCUCGGGGCACUCGUUUCAGAACAGGACGCUUGGACUGAGCUUCACGUCGCUUGGCGGUGGGGUGGGCGGUUCAGCGGGAGGGCUGUGCGACCGCCGCAAGUUUGGGCGCUCAUUCAACACGCUAGCCAUCGCACACGCUACAGGAAGCGGCGACGAGCGAGUGCCCGAGCGCAUCGCCGCGCUCACGCUCGCUCAUGAGAUUGGCCACAGUUUCGGCGCCCACCACGACGACAACUUCCCGAACAAGCAAUGCCGGGGCUUCCUCAUGGGCGCUCAGUCCACUGCUGCAGAUAGUUUAACGCACUUUGAGUUCUCAUUGUGCAGCAAACGCCUUAUUGCUGCCACGCUCGACGCUGUGAGCCACUGUCUUUAUGAGGAGUGGCGAGCUUACUGCGGAAAUGGUAUAGUAGAAGAGGGUGAAGCAUGCGAUUGCGGCCUCCCUGUGCGUUGCGUGUUUAGCGACCCGUGCUGCACCCCUCGUACCGGCGGCGCGGAGCAUUUUGAAGAGGGAACACUGCACAAAGGCGGUUGCGCCGUGGCACCGACGGCGGCCUGCCAUCCUUCGCAAGGUCCGUGCUGCACGAGCAAGUGUCAGCACGCUAAUCUUACAGAAUUCGGCAUUGAUUGUUCGAGAUUAGGCCAAGAGUGUUCCUGUACGGAUCCGUCCUGUAGUUGCGGGCUGGACGGGCGCUGUCUCAGCGACGGCAGCUGCCACGCCGCGGAGUGCGCAGCGCAGGGCCUGCGCGAGUGCCAAUGCACCCCACAUGCACUGGGAGGCAGACUUCAAGAGGCCGGCAUGUGUGGCGUUUGCUGCGAACUACCGGGCUCUAUGCAGCGCUGCGUCACUGCUGAGAUCGCUGCGCAAGUUCGUAAGAUCAGUCCUCUAAAGUGGCUUCCCAACGACUACUCCGGCCCGAACCUAACCAUAAGACUGUGCGAGGCGUGCCAACCGACGUUCAUACGCGCGUGGCCUGUGGGCAGCUGGUGCGUGACGCAGAACGCCGUCGGUGUGUGCGAGAUGACCGGCGUGUGCGUGGCGAGGGACCGGCCGCGGUCCAACCUGUACCCGGACACAGUGAAAGUCGCAAUGAUGAGGCAAAGAGACUCCAAGAAUAAACAUACACAGCUACAAAUAUCACCCUCACUUGUGUUCUGCCUAUCGGUUUUCAUAAUGGUGAAAUAAAAAUAUGACUUUAUAA